AUAAGCUUUUGACUAAUGAACUAAUGUAAACAAAGCGCUUCUGGCAAAAUUAAUUGAAAAAAUCGGUCAUUUCCGCGAAACCAGUGAAUUAUUUCUUUUUAACAUGAAAAGUGAGCAUGUGUUUUACUUACCACCAACCCAGCCAGCAAUAAAAUCGGCUACAAAGGCAGAAGUCAUGUUUAAAUAGAUCAACACAGGAUAGUUGCUCUUGGAAUUUUAAACAACUUUUUCUGGCACUUUCCACGUAAUUUUCGGUGCCGCCGAUGUUUAGUGCUUUGUACUAGUUACCCCCAACAUAAAUAUCGCAGCUGCAAACUUCUUUCAACUUUUCAGAAUGUUGUCCAGGAAGAAUAAGGAUCUAAGGGCUAUUAAGGAUGGCGUUGUGGGAAAGUAUGUCAAAAAAGAUACCCCGCCUGAAAUGCCAAUAAUUAAUGUUUGGACCACUGAGCCCAAGAGACGUAGUUCAAGUCAAAGCAGAUCGUCGCUUCCACCCCAAGGUUUGUCACAACCAUCGCAAAACAGCAAUGCUGUUCAAACUGUACAGAAGUUUGGUAACCAGAAAACUACCAUUAGUGAUGUUGGUUUGGGUGCUCACGAAGGGAAAUACACCCCCAGUGCUUCUGUACCAGACUUGGCCACAAAAUUUGCAAAUUUAUCUGUGGGUCCAAUACCAGAAAACAGUUCCGGAUUAUUGGCUGGAAACAAUUUUAUCAACGCAAACAGCAUGAAUAGUAAUCCACAGCAUCAUAUUUAUGCAAACCAAUCAUUGGCUAAUGUUUAUCUGGAUUCAUCAGCGAAUAAUGCUAACUAUGUUGAAAUUGAUCAAAUAUAUCCUUUAACGCCAGACCAGAACAAUGUAUACAAGGAUAACUAUAACAGGACGAGUUCCCCAAUAUACCAGAAUACUCGAGACAGUAGCGUAGCCAGGACAGGUCCAGACAUCCAAUCCACUCCCAUUUAUAGCAAUACUCAAAUAGACAGAUUUAAUAGAAGCCAAUAUCAUAGUGGAAUUCCCUAUGGAGAAUCAAUUGCUCAUCCUCUUAGACAUAGUUUGGGUAGAACUGAGAAUACUCAAGAGCCAUCUGAAGAACUGCCUCUGCCACCUGGUUGGUCCGUAGACUAUACGUUAAGGGGAAGAAAGUAUUACAUUGACCAUAACACUAAAACCACUCAUUGGUCACAUCCCCUAGAACGAGAAGGGCUUCCUACGGGCUGGCAAUGUAUACAAAGUCCCAUUUACGGUGUAUAUUAUGUAAACCAUAUAACAAGGCAGGCACAAUAUGAACACCCUUGUCUAGUUCCUUGCUAUAAUUACAGCAGUAUUGCUCCCCAAACUUACCAGCGGUACGUUCCAAUGAGACCUACUCAUUAUCAACCGCAUAGUGUUUUGGUUCCGGCUAAUCCUUAUUUAAUGGAAGAGAUUCCGCAUUGGUUAAAUGUAUAUUUUAAAUCAAGUACAGAGAUAGAUCAUAAGCUGAGAUGGGAUAUGUUUAGGCUAUCAGAAUUAGAGUGCUAUAAUGCUAUGCUCACAAGGCUCUACAAGCAAGAACUGCAAAAUAUUGUAAUGAGAUACGAAACUUACAGAGCAUCCCUUCUGGUGGAAAUGGAAAAAUUUAGGGUAAACCAGACAAACCCAAGGCUGUGAUCUGAUAUGAACGCGUUCCUACAUAUUAUAAACACCACUACAUAACUCUCCGAAUAUAAUUAGAUUAAUAUUAGAUAAUACAUAUGACGAUGUUUCCGUUGAUACAUUCAAUUUCGUAACAUUUAUUAUAUUUAAAUUUAAAACUCCAAAUCAUGUUAACAUUGAUAUUGUAAGUUUGUCUAAAAAUGCAGGUAUUUUUCCACCUUGAUCUGAUUUAGAGGUAUAUACUUCAGUAGUUUGAAUAGCCAUAAUCUUUCCUGUUAGGUCUAUAAACUUUUAACUUAUUAUCCACAUUAUUUAGUUUCUAGGUUCACGUUUAAUUCUUUAGUGUUUCUUUAUUGAGCCCUGUCUCAAGUUUGGUAACCGGUGGAUCAAGUACUGAAAUAUUAAAGCCAUCUAUUCUUAUAA